AUGUUCUCCCGUAUCUCGCGGCGUUACGAUCUGCUCAACACUGUCAUGUCGGGCGGACGCCACCAUGCCUGGCGACGGAAGGCGACGGCAAUGGCGGUUGAGGGACUGUCAGGUAGAGCGUUGGACGUUGCGACCGGCACUGGAGACUUCGCGUUCGACCUCGCCCGCCGAGCCGAGGUCACUUCGGUUGUGGGACUCGACUUCACGCGCGACAUGAUGACCAUAGGAGUGCAAAAGGGGAUACGUCACGGUGUCGGGGAGUCGGUGUCGUUCACCGAGGGCGACGCGCACGAGUUGCCAUUCGCUGACGACAGCUUCAUGUGUGCGACCGUCGGAUUUGGCAUACGCAACUUCAUCGAUGUGCCGAAGGCCCUGCGGGAGAUGGCCCGUGUUGUUUCGCCUGGUGGCAGGGUCGUGUCGCUUGAGAUCGUACGGCAGGACGGCAGAGACCCCAUCAGCGCCAUGGCGCGCAUGCACUUCAGGUACGCCACCCCCUGGCUCGGCGCUUUGCUGGCCGGAGACCGCGAAGCAUACACCUACCUGCCGCAGUCGGCGCAGGGGUUCAUGUCCGCUGACGAGCUUACCGGCGCCAUGACCGACGCCGGACUCAAGGUCACUCACUGCGUGAAGCUCGCGCUGGGAACUGCCGUCAUCCACGUCGGUCAAAAAUGUUAG